CUUCGUCAUCACCCCGCCCCAGCAGACUAUAUACUGUCUUUCAAAAACUAGGGUUUCUUUUCCCUCUCUCUUACGAUCUUGUUCGAGCUCUCCUUCUCGAUCAUGGCGGAACAGACGGAGAAAGCGUUCUUGAAACAGCCAAAGGUGUUUCUGAGCUCAAAGAAAUCUGGGAAGGGGAAGAGGCCUGGGAAGGGCGGAAACCGUUACUGGAAAAGCGUUGGAUUAGGCUUCAAGACUCCCAGAGAUGCGAUCGAAGGGACAUAUAUCGAUAAAAAAUGCCCCUUUACCGGAACUGUUUCCAUCAGGGGCCGUAUCCUAGCGGGCACCUGCCACAGUGCCAAGAUGAUGAGAACCAUCAUCGUCCGCCGGAACUACCUUCACUAUGUGAAGAAAUACCAGAGAUAUGAGAAAAGGCACUCCAACAUUCCAGCACAUGUAUCUCCAUGUUUCCGUGUUAAGGAGGGUGAUCAUGUCAUCAUUGGCCAGUGCAGGCCCUUGUCAAAGACAGUGAGGUUCAAUGUCUUGAAAGUCAUUCCAGCAGGAUCCUCUGGCGGAGGCGGGAAAAAGGCCUUCUCUGCAAUCUAAGGCUAGUUUGUAGUUGUUUCCUGAUGCAGCUAGGCUUAUUAUUAUUUUUUAAAGUUUCUUAUAUAUAAACAGUUUUGUUAAUUCAAACAUAUUCAGGGGUGGCUCUGAUUGAAUUGAGAUUUUGAAUGGGGUUACAUUGAUUCGGUUAUAUGGAUUCAAGCACAAUUCUAGUAUGGCCCGUGUCUGUUUUGAUUUCCUACUUUAGGGUGAUCAGGCUCUCUUCUGAUCAGGUAGCUAACCAGAUGGACAGUCUGAUCAUCCUGGACAUGCUACUUCCAUGAUUAUGUUAGCAAAUGAGGAUUAUUGCUUUUAAAACUUUUGAAAUUACGUAAUUUUAGAUUUUGUUUAUCAAUUAUCAUUCUUCAAUGGGGAAUGCCACUAACCUAUCUUGAAUUU